GCCGCCGCCCGGGACACACAGACAGGCUCCGCCCCGUGGAGCUGGGCCCGGAACCCUCCGCCUUGGGGCCUGGUCUCCACCCGGACCUAGCGCCGCAGUUACCAUAGCAACCCAGCACCGGUGGAUGAGAGGAUCUAUUUACUGUAGGAUUUCCUGGAUCUCUCCAUCUACUGUGAUUACUGUGUAGGGCACCUGUGUUGUCAUCACACCAGGGAAGACAGAAAGAUGCCAGUAUAUAUCCGGAAACAUCCCCUGGAGAUCCCUCCACCUUCUGAAAAUGACUGGAUUAAGAAGGAUGAGGAAGAAAAUUUCUUCCUGCAUGAUCCCGAUCAAAUCUUUGAUUCACUGCCUCAGCCUUUCCGGAUGAUCAAUAAAUUGGUGACCCUAGUAUUCGAGCAGGCAUGGGAAAUCAUUGAGAAAAAGGAGGCACUUGGAGAGGCACAGACACUGAAGGUCCAGCCCACGUUGUACCUGCCCACAGCUGAAUUCCAGGUGAUGGGAAGAGCCAACUGCCUUGCAGCCUCUGGACAGCAUGUCUUUGUUGGGCUCUCCACAGGGCUUGCAGUUUUCAACAUGCCCAGCUGUAAGUGGGUCUGUGCUUGGGAGUCAGCCAAACUAGAGAUUUGCGCCAUCCGUACCUCCAACCUUGGCAAUGAGACCCACCUUCUCGUUACUGUGGAUGAGAUGGGACUUGCCCAUCUCUUUUAUUUUUACAAAGACAGCCUGCUGUUCAUUAAAGUCCUAAACGAAGUGGAAGAGAUCAGCAAGAGAAACACCUGUGUGGAGGUGGAGCUCUCCCAGAGGGGCGAUUAUGCAGGCAUCCUGCUGCAAGGCAGCACAGAGGCUUGGCUGGAGAUCUACCGAUUGCCUAAGGAUUCCUGGCUGAAGGAGACAGACCAUGCCCAGGCAGCUGCAGUAGCGUCAUCUUUCAGAGAGAGGAGGUUCAGCCAGGCGUCGACGAAAAGUCUGGAACUGCCGGGAGAGGGCUCUGCAGAAAUGGAAUCACCUAUGUCUGCAAACAGAGUUGAAACUAAGCUUAGUCCCCCAGUGCUGCUGCUGAAGGUCAGGUCGCCCAAACCUCUGACAGGAAGCACUUUUAAAAGCCCUUUGGAGGCCUUGAUGAAGAUUGAUGAUGGCAGUGUGAUAGGCUUGGGACAGAAUCACGUGAUCAAAGACUACCAAUGGGAACAGCAGGACGCAAUCUUUCGCAGCACCUUCCAAAAGCAUCUGGAGAGAGAAAGUGAGCCUGACAGGAAGGAGGAGAAAACCAGACAUGCUAUGUUUCAUUUUCUCCUGCCCGGCCGGAUACUGCAGAUCGGACCUGAAAUCAAAGAACAGCCAGACGUGCCCACUGGCAUCACUGUGCAUUGGAAUGGAAGCCACAAUCUCUGCCUGUAUUUACUCACCCGGCCAUCAAAGGAGAAAAUGGAUGCUGAGCUAAAACCUGACACUGUCUGGCCAUGUGCUGCUCCAAUCACCUGCUCAGCUGUCACCUCCUGCUCCUCUUACAUGGCUCUGGCAUGUGAAGAUGGGACAAUAACAGUGUGGGACAGAAGUCUAGGGUUUCCACUAGCUGUGACUGCCCUUCCAGAGGGAUGUCUCAGCCGCACCAUCCACUUCCUGCAGACAACUACAGCUCCAAGGGACCAGCUGCCUAGGCCCAAAGUGCAGCUUCUGGUGCUGUGCACGGAUGGGUCUCUCCACCUGGUUACAAUAUCAGGGCCCAGAGAGUCCAGGACCGUGCUCCUGGCAGACAGGUCCGAGGACCCAGAUCAGACCAUCAGUGCAGUAGCACCGAUUCCAGCCUUACCUGGUGCAGUGCUGGUGUUCUCCUGGGAUGGCACAGUGUGCCUCACGGACACUGCCACGCCACGGCCUGUUUGCCACUUCAUCACCCCACCCUCUCACACAGUAGCAUCGCCCUGGCAACCGGUGUUUACCGUGGAUACCACUAACCACUGCCUGUUCCUCCGAGGGGAUGAGCAGCAGCAGCAGGCUGGUCCCCCGACACAGACCAAAGACAAGCAAAGCUCCAUCUUCCUUUUUAAUUUUGAUUCCUACCUGUCCAUGGAAGUUUUCCCAGCAGUACCGGAGCCUCCUCCUGAGUCCUUGCAGCACCUGCCAUGGGUCAAGAGAUGUGACAUUUUCCUCCGUGACAGGCUGCAGCGCCUGUCAGGACUCAACCAGCAGGUACCCAAGUGCUGGAGCCAGCUGCGGAAGCAUGCAGCCGCCCUGCAGAGGGAGAGCCGGAAGAAGUGAUGGGGGCAGGAGGAGCUAUAGUUAAGAUCAACUUCACAGCCCUGGGUUGGCAGUAGGCCCACAAGUCUGGCCUAGCAUUGGCAUUUUAACAGCAAACUAUUUAUUUUAACUGACUAAUCUCCACCUCAAGGCAGCUCAGCCCACUGACUGACUUUCCCACCUCUUACCCAAGCCCACUGAUCAGCCCAUGGCAGCAGGGAGCAGAGCCUCCUCCCCUCAUUCAUCAAGGGUACUUGCACCAUGUUGGGGGCAUUCUGAUAGCAGUGUCUGCUCAUCACAGGGAGGGCCCCAGCAGCCCAAGCAGUUGAGCUAAAGAAGGUGCAGUGCAGCUUUGAGUCCCACAUGGACGUGGAAAGUCCAAGCCUAAGCAGCAGCUUCAUGCAUGCAGUUAGAUCCGUAUCCCUCCCUUUCAGUAAAGGCCUUCACACUGUGUCUGUCUGUCUGUGGUGCUUCAGAGGCUUGGCACUGAAGUGGGAUUGCUCUUCUAUCCCAUUAGCUUUGGAACUCCCCACAGGCUCAUCCCCUUGCAUUUUAACCAGCCUGGUGCCUGGGGAUGAGAGAGAAUAGGACAGCGAAUGCAGAUGGACAAAGGCACCAUUGUCCCACAUGGUAUUGGUGGCCUUUAGCAGCAACAGGGAAUCCAGAUGUUCCCCUGAAUCACAAGCUUUAUUGACCAAAGAUGGGCCAACACAGUGUUAGAGGCCUAUGCUGGCACUGGCCAUGCCUCUAGAUGCUUCUUCCAGCCAGUAUCACUUCUCUACCCAAACCCCAUGUGAGGAAAGUGUUACUCUCCAUCUGGAUCUUCAGUCAGCCCAACGAGAUCUACCCAUUUAUCUAGGUCCUUGGCAUUGUGGUAUCUGGACCCCUGCCAUGGGGAAGGGAUGAGGAAGAACAGAAGAGAGGGGGAAGGUUUGAGAGAGAUGGGAGGGAGGAGCAGAACAGUGCUGGGAGUUGGUUUGAUUUGUAGUCUCGCCUCCUUGCAGCCACACUAAUCCUGCCAUCUAAGUUGAGAACUAUAUAGAGCAAAGUCAUUAUUCCCGGACUCUGUCACUUGUCAUGUCAGGGAAAGGCGGUGCCUGCAGCCCACAGCUCUGUGACACUCCUGCGUCUGAGAGGGUAUAGGAGUAAGACACUGGACUUCAGUCCCAUGUGAUAAUGGAGAAAUACUGACCACCUUUGGCCAGGAAAUUCAGACUCUGUUCCCAGCAGUCCAUGGAGGUGCUGGUUAUUGGUAGGACAUACGGGGUUGGGAACUGCCCUCAAAAGCUACCUCCGCUGUUACUUUCUCAGGAUUGUAACUUCUACAUUAGGCUUUGCUAGAUACUCAGAGCCAGGCAAACCUGACGGUGCUUAGGAUUUGUUCCUGUUUGAUCCCCAAUUCUGCCUGGACCCAGCAGCUGUUCCUUGAGGAAUCAAUAAGAAGACUGAGUCAUUCUGGACUGUAAAGGCUAAAGGAUUCCUGGAGGCUGCAUGGGUCAGGGAGAGCUAAAACCACAUCCACCCACCCUGUGGGUUGCUUAGAAGCAGAUGUUAAGAAGAGCAGCAUCAGGCUCAGUGUUUGUUAGAUGACUCCACUGAGCAGCAGAGGGAGCUCAGAGAAUGUGGUUUUUGUUUGAGCUGAUCUAUAGCCCAGGUCUGCAUUCCUUGUGUACCUGCAACUCCAACUGACUUCAGCAGGCUUUGAAUCAAUCAGUCCUUAGUGCUGGGGGUAAGUUUGCCAAAAGGCUGAGGCCCAGCCUACGUAAGCUGGAGGCACAAUGCCAUCACUGGGGCACAACGAACAAGCACAAACUGCAGCUGCAAAAGAGAGCUUGCCCCUUGGGAAAGUCAGCCCUUAAUA